AUGGCGACAGCACGAUUGAUAUCGACGACUACGAUCCAGGCAGCUGCAGCCGCUGAUGGCAACGAACCAUUUCCACGAGUCGAGUUAACUCCAUGGGAUCUUCAGCUUCUCCUCGCAGUCUCCACCGAUUACGACGAUGGCACGACGUCGUACUAUAUCCAGUGCAACAAUAAGGGAGCCAUGUUUGUUCAUGCGGUGGCUGAUGGGUUAACCAUGGCGGACAUUCUUGAGUCUGUCUACGUUCCUCGUCUUGUUCGUUCUUUUUUCGCGUUAAACGUGGUUUCUAACUAUGAAGGAACUUCUCGGCCAUUGCUUGCAGUGCAGGUGACGGAGCUUGAAGAUGGGAUCUUCGUAAGCUUGUCUAUAAACCAUGCUGUCUCUAAUGGGACGUCAUUUUGGCAUUUUUUCAACUCGCGGGCUGAAAUCUCUCGUAGAUUUGAUCAAAUCACCAAGCCUCCGAUCUUCCAUCGCUCGAUCACGACUGUGUCUUACCGUCCGCACUGAAAGAAAAAAAAAAACUUCCAUUUUUCACAAGAAAACAUUGCGAGACUCAAAGCGCAAGCCAACGCCGAGAUCGGCACAACCAACAGGAUCUCGUCCGCGCAAGCACUCUUGUCUCACCUCCGGCGAUCUAUAAUUCGAAACGGGAAGCUCGACCUCGAUGAAGAAACCAGUUUCGCCAUACUGAUGGGGACCAGGUCAAGACUCGAGCCGCCUCUGACAGAACAGUACUUCGGAAACGCAGUGCAGGGUAAGUAUCUGACAUUAACAGUGAGCGAGCUGCUUGAGCGGGGACUAGGCAACGUCGCCCAUGAAAUGAACAAGAUCAUCGCCAGUUUCAGCAAGGAUAUGCUGAGGAGGUUCUCGGAAUCUUGCGUAGAAAAGCUGGAAAUGGUGUCGGCUUCUGGCAACAAUACGAAAAAGAAUAUGCUUUACUCGAGCAGUUCGCCGAGAUUUAAUAUAUAUGGGUGUGACUUUGGGUGGGGAAGACCGGUGGCUGUGAGAACAAUAUGA